AUGGGUACUUUGAGUAGCCAUGGAAGUGUAAGUUUAUUACUGUUACUAUUGUUUUCGGUUCUGGUUUCCAAGGGUUCAUCGGUGACGGUAUAUGUACAGAAUGAUAUCGAAGGUUAUAAAGUUUCCUUGGACAUGCACUGCAGGUCUAAAGAUGAUGAUCUAGGUCAACGUUGGCUCAAUCAAGGCCAGGAAUGGCACUGGAAAUCUGGUGUGAUCGAUGGUUUUACGCAUUAUUGGUGCGAUUUUCGUUGGUAUGAUAAUCGAGAUAAUUUCUGGUAUAAGGGCACUUUUGAUGUUUACCAUGCAGAUUUUUUCAUGAACAAAUACAGAGAAUAUUGCGAUGAUGCUUGCAAGUGGUCUGCUCGUAGGGACGGAUUUUACUUGUUCCGUGUCGAUAGAGAUGAGUGGCAGAAACAAGAUGAAUGGCAUGUCGAAUGA